AUGUUAAAAACAGGGGUUAAAGGCUUCGUUUUAAAACGUGUAAAGAUUUGUGUCAAAAAUGAUGUACGUUGCCGUUACAGGUCCACAUUUGGUACAGCCUUAGAUGCUGCCGCUAAGAUGGUCAUGCCAAAGGUCAUGCUAGAGAAUCCAAUCUAUUUGGUUGCAAAUGAGAUACAAUCAUUAACCAAGGGCAUAAUUAGCUUGGUGGGAUCUGGACAUCCAGUAUUGAGUAGGCUGACAAACUACUACAUUGAGUCGGGUGGGAAAAGGCUGAGACCGAUGAUUGUUUUAUUGAUGUCGAAAGCCCUUUCAGAAAUCCCUGCUUCUGAGAGGGAUAGAAUUAAAGUUGAUUAUUCUGAUAUCCCAGAUGAUCCUGUUUAUUCGAGAAACCCAUCGUCGAUAUUCUUUGGUGCCCCCGUCAAUAACUUUAACCCAUUACAUAUAUUGCAUGGGAUCAAGCCCCUGGUAAAUCCCCUAGCCGGGGAACGUGAUCUGUUAUCUGAAGACUUUGACCGUGGAAACGGCAUCCUACCAAAACAAAGAAGAUUAGCAGAGAUUGUGGAGAUGAUUCACGCUGCCUCAUUGCUUCAUGACGAUGUGCUUGAUCAUUCAACUUCGAGGCGUGGGAAACCUAGUGGCAAUUCUGCGUUCACAAACAAAAUGGCUGUCUUGGCAGGAGAUUUUUUGCUAAGUAGGGCAAAUUCAGCUGUGACUUCAAUACGGAAUCACGAAGUCUCAGAACUGGUUUCAGCCUGUAUUAGUAACCUCGUUGAAGGCGAAUUUAUGCAGCUCAAAAACACAGCACUUGACCCAGAUUUGACAACAAUAAACAAUGGAACUCAGGAGAUACCUCUAGAGCCUAAAAGUGCGACAGCUUUAUGUCAUCAAUAUCGUGUUGAUAUUCCUCAGGGACUGGAAGUUUCUCAUGAAGUACAGGUUGAAACUGCAUUUAACUACUAUUUACAUAAAUCAUACCUGAAGACUGCUGCUCUUAUAUCCAAAUCAUGCAGGGGUGCUGCAAUCUUGGCGGGUUCUAAAGAGGCAGUUCUUGAUGACUGUUAUUCAUUUGGUAAAAAUUUAGGAAUCUGUUUCCAAUUGGUGGACGAUAUGCUCGAUUUUACUGUUUCUAGUGCUGAAUUGGGUAAACCUGCGGGAGCUGACUUGGAGCUAGGAAUUGCCACAGCACCAGUGCUAUUUGCUUGGAAAGAAUAUCCAGCAUUAGGAACCAUCAUACAGCGUAAUUUCUCACAGCCUGGUGACAUUGAAAGGGUACUUGAAGCAGUGGAAAAAUACGACGGUGUCACUAAGACGAAAGAAUUGGCUCGCGAAUACCGUGAUAAGGCUCUUAAAAAUUUGCGGAAUAGCUUGCCAGAGAGUGAUUCACGCUCUGCAUUGGAGUUUUUAACCAACAGCGUUUUAACAAGACGGAAGUAA